AUGUGUCGUGUGAAGCUGGAAGUCCAUGGAAUGGCUGUGCCAAAAGUUCUGUUUGAGAUUUCAAGAAUAUUAAACACUGGCUUGGAUAUGGAGACGUUGUCUAUUUGUGUGCGGCUUUGUGAACAGGGGAUAAAUCCAGAAGCAUUAUCAUCUGUUAUUAAAGAACUGCGUAAGGCUACAGAAGCUCUAAAGGCCGCUGAAAAUAUGACAGGCUGACAUGGGAGAAGAUUUCUGUGUGAGAAGAAUGCCAAGCUGAAGUUAACAGAGGCUGUGAAGAUUGCCACUAUUCAGAAAGAAAGUUAAAUAAGUGUGUGUGUGAAGGUUUCAGAAUAUUUCUGUCAUCUUCUUGAAAAGGAUGAUGUAUAGAAUAGCUUUGAAAAGUUGUUUAAUAAGAUAAGUUCACCAGUAAUCUCAUUAUUUGGUAUUUUUGUGAACUAUUUGUGAAUAUAGUGCAAUUGCUCUUUGGCAUCCAGUAUUUUUAAACCAUGUCAGAUACUGCACACUUGCUCAACUUACUAGUGUGUAGCAACAAAUAUUGUUAUGAUGAGUAUAGCUUGUUAAUGCAUCCUUUAGAAGUGCUAAUAUACUCUGUUUUUUAUCUCUUGCUUUGAUGAAAAACUACAUGUACAAUUUCAGUUUUUCUUUAUAGACCAGAUAGGAAUGAAGCCCAUCCUGACUUUAUUUUAAUUAGGGGAAGGGAAGUGACUUAAGUCUCAAUAUGAAAGUAAGAAAUAAAGGACUCUUGAUAAUGUAGGUAAUGAAUUGUCUUUUUGAAUCAAAUUGUUGGAAAAAGUGUUUAACUUGAAUAACAAGGGAACUUCAGUUACCCAUGCAGAAAUGUAUGUAAAUUUAAAUUCUAGAUUACAUGGAAUAUUUUACAGAGUUCAGAUGCUACAUUUGUUACAUUUGUCCUGAUCACUAGACCUAAAAAUAUUAGGGCUAUAUCGUUACUGCCUACUCAAGUAUAUGAGAAGCAUCAGAUUUGGUUGAUGGGAAUCAGUGAAUCUUAAACAGUCAUUUGCUAUAGCAAUGUCUUCUCAUUCAGCACUAGGAAUCUUCACUGAUGCCAAAACAAAUAUUUAUAGUAUAUAUGGUAAACUGUUUAUCAUGUUACUUUCCAGUAAAUAUCCUUGCAUCCAGGAAUUCUACUUC